CAGCAAAAUAUCUCUCCAUAAAUCCGAGCAUGAUGCGGUCUCUGGCGGCGGCUUGUAUUUGCGCUUCCCGGAAAUUUUCGUCCAUCCGGUCCAUCCUGUCUAACAUUACUUGAAAUGAGGACAAGAGUUCUAGCAAGAUAGUACCCUGGACCGUUGGUGCUGGCGCUGCUUGGGCCGAUUCUGGUUGUGCUCUCAAUAGGCGUGAGAGAUCAUCGAGCCUAGUCUGACCACGUCGGGUCACCAUCCCGGGUUUCUGGGCAGUAAUUUUGGCUCUUAUCCUGGGGGUUUCGUUAACAGCUAGGGGCGCCUGGGCUAUCGUUAGUUUCCUCAACAGGACAGGAAUAAACUUGGUUACUGACCCUAAUUACCAGAGAUAGUUGUCGCUCCCGGUCGGGGAGUCUAUUAAACUCAUCGAUCAUGGAUUGAAAGGAGUCCUGACUAUCCACCGCCACCGGGUUCUGGGCAGUAGAUUGUGGAAGGACGUAGGUUAAUGAAUCUGACGUACCAAGCCAGUGGGUAACAAGGCUCGAGAGAAAUUUCCAGUUCAUAUAGCCCAUGGCGCUUGCUACGACUGCAGUGAUGGGACCGGCUAUGACAUUAUUUCCAUCGCCAUCGUAUCUGGUUGCGGUUAUCCUGGCAGUGUGAGUUGCGGCCUAUGCACCAUUGGGCGAUAUAGGGUUAGCCAAGAGCAAAUUCUUUCGGGAUAUGAUGGAGGGGCAAGACAUGCCUGAUCUGUGCUAUCGACUGCGAGGCUUCGGCGGACAACCACACGUAUUGCGGGAAAUCUGUUUUCGGCUGCUGAGUAAAAAAGCGUUCCGAAGUCCUCAUGGGUUCGAAGGAUUGUCUCAGGCCCGGGGGUGAACCUUGCAUCUCCGAUAUUUGCAUAACCUGCGAACACUUGGUCAGCCGGGAAAGGCUCCGCGUUCAGCAUGAAGGUCUCCCAAUCGCGGGUAGGCUCCUGGGGUCGCUCGUAUACGAAGCCUUCUGUACUGAAUCGCAUAACUGUCGUCCAAGUCAUCGGUUGUUCGAUAGCAAUAUACCCCUGUCUGUGGUCAACCUGUAG